AUGGGAGAGGAGACAUGGGGGAGGAGACAUGGGAGAGAAGACAUGGGGAAGGAGACAUGGGAGAGGAGACAUGGGGGAGGAGACAUGGGAGAGGAGACAUGGGGGAGGAGACAUGGGAGAGGAGACAUGGGGGAGGAGACAUGGGAGAGGAGACAUGGGGGAGAAGACAUGGGAGAGGAGACAUGGGAGAGGAGACAUGGGGGAGGAGACAUGGGAGAGGAGACAUGGGGAAGGAGACAUGGGAGAGGAGACAUGGGGGAGGAGACAUGGGAGAGGAGACAUGGGGGAGGAGACAUGGGAGAGGAGACAUGGGGGAGGAGACAUGGGAGAGGAGACAUGGGGGAGGAGACAUGGGUGAGGAGACAUGGGGGAGAAGACAUGGGAG